UGCCCCCAAAUCGGCAACCGCCCCUCCGCAAAACUCUGCUCCGCCGCGAUCGAUUUCCCCUCAUAAACCAACCCCAAUCCAAUCCGGCCACCCCCCUCGACGGCGAACAUGGCGGACUGGGCGGGGCUCCACGAGGACUUCCUCCUCCUGCUCGUCCCGCGCCUGCCCUCCCUCGACCUCCGCACCUUCCGCACCGUCUGCGCCUCCUGGCGCGCGGCCGCGGCCACCUUCGCCUCGGCCGGCGGCCGCCCGCGCCCCGACCGCCCCUGGCUCCUCCUCCCCGCCGACGCGCCCGACCCGGAAUUUCGCCGCCUCGCCAUCUGCCGCGACCAAGAGGUCCCCGUCGUCACCCUCCCCGCGCGCCUCGGCCGCGCGCACGACCGCCGCCUGUUCCCCCUCGGGUCCUCCCGCGGCGUCAUCGUGGCCGCCGACGACCGCGGGGCCAUGCACCUGCUCGACCUCGCCACCGGUCGGCGCGCGCCUCUCCCCCCCGUCGCCGCGCUCCCUCUCGCCGACCGCGUCGAGAGGACCCCUGCCGGCCUCAGUGUCCGCCUCAAACGCGACCCACGGGUCUACUCCAUCGACGGCCUGAUCCACCGCGACGACACCCUGAUCCACAAGGCCGUCGCGGUGCCCACGCCCGGUGGCGGGGCGAUGGUGAUCGUCAUCUACUCCCCGCAUAGCCAUCGCCACCAGUGGGCCACCGCUCGUCCCGGCGACAGCACCUGGAAAUCCGUGAAGCCGAGCAGCAUCCCCGCCGUGGUGGACCUGGCGCUCCACCGCGGCCAGCUCUACGCCAACACCCUCUUCGGGAUGGUGUACGUCUACCCGGAGCUGCACGGGCUGGGCUCCGCGUCCCCGGAUAUCAUCCCGUCCGAGACGCGGAGGCCAACCUCGCGCGUGGAGAGCAGCUUUCUCGUGCAGACCCCCGGCGGCGGCGCGCUGAUGCAGGUGGAGCGUGUCAACCCGGUGGCGCCGGCCGAGAGCGAGGAGUUCGUGGCGCCAGCCGAGGGCGAGGAGUUCGUGGUUCGCGUGCUGGACGAGUGCGGCGGGACGUGGGAGGAGGAGGAGGACAUCGGCGACGUCGCGCUGCUCGUGGAUGCGUCCGGCGCGGUGGCCGUGUCCACGCGGGAGUGCCCCGGGCUACGGCCCAGCACCAUCUACUACGCGGACCUCAACGGUGGCGAGACACGGGUCCGGGCGUACAGCCUCGCCGGCAAGCACAAGAAGGUCGAGGUCGUCGAGUCCCUCCCGGGGGCGGAGGGAAACAAGCGGCCGUGCUUCUGGUUCACGCCGGUCUAUUCACAGUGACAAUGAGCUAUGGUGAAGGGUGAAUAUUCCAUCUAUAUUAGUAUGUUGGAUGCUUCCCCCAUGAGCUGGAUGGUUGAAUACAGACACAAGGCUGCAUUUGGCAUCAUUAAGAGAAGAACAACACAGCAGCUUAAUGUGGUUCAUUAGAGAUGACAAGGAUCUUUACUCUCCACCUGGGAAAGUUAUCUACAUAAGGUCCAUCUAUGCCAAAAAGUUUGGCAUCAUUAUUAAUGUUCAUCUAUAUCUAUUUCUAUAUCUAUAUCUAUACCAAUAUAAAAGGACGCAAAGAGGCAGAUCCAAAUAAUCUUGACCGUCAAACGAGGUCAAUCCAACGACCUAGACUACCCCA